AUUUAUUAUGAGUGUUAUGCAUUAUAUUUAACAACUUGAUCUAUCACGAUAUAUUCCUGGUGGAGAAGCUCUGAAAACACCGUGUAAUUAAAAUAAACCAGAUAAAGUUAAACUAUGGGAAUUAGGAAAAAUAAGAUGUGUGUCAUAUUGUUUUUAAUUUACAGGAAGAAUAGCACGAGAAUAAAGAUUUAAUAUGUUUUGUACCUAUUUUAGAUCCAAAUUACAUGUAUUACAUUCUAAAUUGGGAUCUGAAAUGCAUUGUCGUAAUUUCAUUAAGGAGAUGCUUGAUACAACAAUAUCAAUUUUUUUACUUAUUGUGAGAUAUGAAUGUGGAGAUGAAUUGUAUCAAGAAAUGAGAAAAUACUUUAAAAUUCUUAUGGAUGCUGUUGAUCAUUUAGCUACUCAUGAUUCAGUUGAAACAGUCACAGAAAUUAUAACAUCAGAAGACUUCUAUAAAAUAAUCUUUUAUUUGAAACUAUUGAAUUUGAUGAGAAAUAUUAAAUAAAGGAAGAAGUUUCUAGAGCAUUAUCCUCAUGCUGCAAUAAAAGCAAUUUAAUAAUGUUAUCUAUAUAAUGUUAUAAUAAAUGGACCAGUCAAACAUAUUAAAUAUCGUUUUGCUGUAGCUAAUCAAGAUUAUGCUAAAUAUGGAUUACAAUUUAAUAUUCCAACUAACAAUAAACUUGUUAACAAAUAAAGAGUUGCUGAAAUCUGUUGGUAAACCUUAUACGAUCUUAAUAUAGCUGCUGUUAUCAAAGAAGGAAUAUGGGAUGAUUUAAAAUUGUAUUUAUGAUAUUU